CUACCCAAUUGCAACAACAUUGAGUUGAGGAUUGAAAAUCAAAAUAUUUGCAUCCAACAUUUUCCUUUCCUUCAUUAUUUCACAUUCUUUGAAUAUGAAUAGGCACAUAAUAUGAAGAUGAAAAUAUGAAUGAUCUUACUACAUAGAUAUAUUGGUAGCAAAUGAGGUUUUAACAUAUGUUCUUGAUUAUGCGCGGUACUAAUUCAUUUAUCUUUUGCUAGUUUCCUUUGAUUCUUUCACUUCACCAUGUCAAGUCUGGAGGAACCACUUGGUGUUGACAAGUUGCCAAGCAUGAGUACUAUUGAUAGGAUUCAGCGGUUUUCGUCCAGUACUUGCCGUCCCCGAGUAGAUAACUCGAGCAUGGGAAACUUCUGGCUCGAAGGACGAAGUUGCAGUACAUCUAACAGCUGCAAUGGUUAUGAUGAUGAUGAAGAGUAUACAGCAGAGACAUUCCCAUGGAAAAGACAAACAAGAAACUUGUUUCGGAACGAAUCCUUCAGCCAAAAGGCUAAUACCAAAGCGAGGAACUCGGCGAAGUUUGAAGUGAUUGAUGAUUCAUUCUCUGAGUGCCAGUAUAGUCCAAAGUUCAAUAACAAAGACAUUCCAAAUUUGACAUAUAAGUUUCUGAAAGGUAUACCAAGGAUGGUAAAGAUUGUGGAAGUUGGUCCAAGAGAUGGAUUACAAAAUGAAAACAACAUUGUACCUACAGCUGUAAAGAUUGAAUUGAUUCAUCGACUUGCUUCUUCUGGAUUAUCUGUCAUAGAGGCAACAAGUUUUGUAUCUCCCAAAUGGGUCCCACAGUUGGCUGAUGCAAAGGAUGUAAUGCAAGAAGUUCAUCAUUUGAGAGAUGUCAGAUUGCCAGUUCUUACACCUAAUAUGAAGGGUUUUGAAGCUGCUAUAGCAGCUGGUGCUAAAGAAGUAGCUGUUUUUGCAUCAGCUUCUGAAUCAUUCUCAAAAUUAAACAUAAACUGUAGUGUUGAAGAGAGUCUUGUUCGAUAUCGAGCUGUUACCUGUGCUGCUAAAGAACUCUCGAUUCCUGUAAGAGGGUAUGUAUCAUGUGUUGUUGGAUGCCCGGUCGAUGGACCAAUCUCUCCGUCGAAAGUUGCAUAUGUUGCUAAAGAAUUAUAUGAUAUGGGUUGCUUUGAAAUUUCCCUUGGUGAUACAAUUGGAGUUGGCACACCAGGAACUGUUGUCCCUAUGCUUUUGGCUGUAAUGGCUGUUGUUCCAAUAGCGAAACUUGCUGUCCACUUCCAUGACACUUAUGGUCAAUCCCUUUCAAAUAUUCUUGUGUCCCUUCAAAUGGGAAUUAGUACAGUGGAUUCCUCUGUUGCUGGUCUUGGAGGGUGUCCAUAUGCUAAGGGAGCAACAGGAAAUGUUGCUACUGAAGAUGUUGUUUACAUGCUGAAUGGAAUUGAUGUAAAAACCAACAUUGAUCUUCAAAAGCUCAUGUUGGCUGGAGACUUCAUCAGCAAGCAUUUACGCCGGCCGUCAAGUUCAAAGACUUUCAUGGCUUUGAACUGAGUCACGGCAGAUGCCUCAUAGAUUCAUGAUUUAAUCAUAUAUGUUAUGUGCCAUAAAAUAUAUUAACAUGCAUGCUUCAUGCAGUCUCUGAUUAUUAUAUCAUAUACUAUUAUAUGUUCCUUUUUCGUAUAUUUAGUCAAAUAUAAGAGGAAUAAAAAGUUAAACUCACAUGAAUGAGUUUUGGAGAGGAAGAAGUGAUCCAUUCAAUGUGUCAAUAAUAAGUGCAAGGUGCUAAUUAAGGAUAAGAGUUUCAUUUUUAUUCCUAAAUGUUUUCUCCUUCUUAUGUAUAUGUUUGCUUUGUGGAAUUGAUUUAUACAUUACUAUAGAUUUACAUGUGAAAA